AUGUCGGACGACGAUGAUUUCAUGCAGGACUCUGGGGAAGAGGAGUACGACUUCGAGUACGAAGGCUCCGAUGAGGACGACUCUGGCGACAUCGGUAUCGAAAACAAAUACUACAACGCGAAACAGAUCAAGGCAGACAGCCCAGAAGAAGCUAUCGAUGAGUUCUUAGGCGUACCAGCACUGGAACAAGACAAGGGUGACUGUAAUUUACAGGCAAUCGAACACUACCGCGAACUCUUGACCUACGUCAAAUCGGCCGUCACACGGAACUACUCGGACAAGUCGAUAAACAACAUGCUCGAUUUUAUUGAAAAAGGCUCGGAUGAUGAAAAAGCAUACCAUUGCAUGGAGGAGUUUUAUCGUUUGACACUCAAGACAUUCCAAAACACAAACAAUGAACGACUGUGGCUCAAGACAAAUAUCAAACUCGCAAAGCUGUGGCUGGAUCGUAGAGAAUUCACACAACUUACUAAGAAGCUGCGAGAGUUACACCGGGCCUGUCAGCGUGAGGACGGUACAGAUGACCCCAGCAAAGGAACAUAUUCGCUUGAAGUAUAUGCUCUCGAAAUUCAGAUGUACGCCGAGACGAAAAAUAACAAACGACUCAAAGCGCUCUACGAGCGAGCUUUGCGGGUUCGGUCGGCUGUUCCACAUCCGAAAAUUAUGGGCAUCAUUCGCGAAUGUGGAGGAAAAAUGCACAUGAGCGAGGAGAAUUGGGAACAGGCACAGAGCGACUUUUUUGAGUCAUUCCGCAACUACGACGAAGCCGGGUCGAUGCAGCGAAUCCAAGUUUUGAAGUACCUGGUGUUGACUACAAUGCUUAUGAAAUCGGACAUCAACCCAUUCGACUCUCAGGAGACGAAACCAUACAAGAACGAUCCACGGAUAUCGGCCAUGACAGAUCUGGUUGAUGCGUAUCAACGAGAUGAUAUACACACUUACGAAGAGAUUCUACAGAAUAAUCAGGACGUACUGGCAGACCCGUUUAUUGCCGAGAAUAUUGACGAAGUCAGCCGCAACAUGCGCACUAAAGCUGUCAUCAAACUCAUUGCACCUUACACCCGGUUCACGCUUAGCUUUAUUUCAAGACAGAUCAAGAUUUCUGUAUCAGAGGUUCAAGAAAUUCUCGGGUUCUUGAUCAUGGACAAAAAACUCAACGCCAAGAUCGAUCAAGAAAAUGGCACAGUCGUAGUCGAAAGCUCAAGCGACUCAGAACGUCUACAGGCUGUCCGCGAAUGGUCCUCAUCGCUCAAAUCCCUCUGGCGCGCGGCACUCAAUGACGGCGAAGGCUUCAAGGUCGACGAAUCAUCCCUCUCGCAAAUGGGGACCAUGCAAUCCUCAUUCCAGGCGGCGGUGGCAGGAUUUGGCGAGGAGAGUCGCUCGUUUUUCCGUGGAGGAUACAAAUCGCCUUCCGUCGGACAACCCUCAACGUACGACACCCGUUGCAGUUCGGUCUCGUAUCCUUUCUUCAACAUUCCUGUCUAUUCCAAUCCUCGUAGAUACGCCAUGGAGCCGUUGUCCCGGGAAGAGCUGGAGCGUUUCCAGAAAUUGUCAAACGAUUAUGAACCCGAAGUACAGGGCUCACUGGUAUCACCCAAGCAAUCAAGUCAAAUCAUCUCCGCCGAGUACUCGAAUGCAGACCCUACCUUUGUAACAAAGACCAAUGCCCUCGCCGUGACGCAUCCUUUUACGCGAACCAUGAAAGGAGAUGGGAAUUCGGUUGCUUUCGGAUACUUCGAGAACCUCUUCUUCCUUCGCGACACCAUAAAAGUCCAGUCAGAGCUUGCGCGAAUCAAGUCGAUGAGCGCUCUGCUCGAUCAAGUCGGCCAUCAAGAGUAUCUGUACGAGACGUUUGUUGACGCCACAGAAGAGACGUUUGGUCAAGUGAUUGAUGCGAUUCAAAAGGGCGUUCCGGAUGAAGGCUUUCUCGUGGAGAUUUUCAACGACUUUAGUCAAUCCAUGUCCAUAAUCACCCAUUUCAGACUUCUUACCGGUGCAUGGAUGAAACUGAAUCAAAUGCGUUAUCAAGCAUUUUUAUCCACGCCCGUCGACCAAUAUUGCGCCACACGGAUCGAACCCGCCAAAACCGAAAUUGAUGAAGUCGGCCUUCAAGCUUUGGUGGACAGUGUUAUUGAGGGUUCCGGCAUUGCCGUUGAGAUUCUCUACCUCGACCGAAGUCAGGGCGAUGCGGUCACCCCACAUCUUUUGACGCCGAACCGACAGAGCUUGGCUACAAUCAAACUUCUAUAUCGUCCUGGACAUUAUGAUAUUUUGUACUCGGCGGAACCUACUGUUCACAUGUCACCGAUAGUCAACCUACAAUACGGCCUGUCGACAGAUUUCAGCUCUUGGGAUAACAGCGCUCUCGGCUUCGAUGCUAACCCGAGUUUAAUGGCGAUACCAGGUCUCAUGAUGGACCCAUCUGCAUUUCCCUCAGUGUCCAGUCCGAUGAUGGCUUCUCAGCCGCCUCAAUUCUUCCCGUCUCCUCCACAACAUGAAUUCUAUUCUCCAUCUAUCAGCCCUCCGGUACCUUCUACCGUCUCCUCCCCUGCUCCUCCGAGCCUACCACUUAGUCUACCUACGACGAAAUCAUCGGAUGGCCCACAGAUCCGGCUAAAUCCGUUGGUGAUGAAACCGAAUUUGAGCCAUUCACUUCCGGUGACUACUCCAUUCAAGAACUCACCAUACAAUCAAGCUCAUUUCCUCAACUCGGACUUCGAGCCUAUCCAUUGGGAACCGAACGAGGGACGGAAAUAG